AUGGAGUAUUGCUCUCAUGGGGAUGCAAGGGAUUUGAGACACAGUCCCGAGUUCGUCUUCUCGUUCGACACGAUUAUCGAUUGGUCAAUCCAACUAUUCGAUGUGUUGACCUAUCUCCAUUUUCACUCAAUCAUUCAUCGAGACAUCAAACCGAGCAACAUUUUUGUCACAAAGCAUUUCGUGAUGAAGCUCGAUUGGGAAAUGAUAAAUUCGGAGGAAAUGAAAAAGAUCUGUGUACACGAGAAGAAUGAUGUUUAUGGGAUGGGAUUGGUCAUCUACGAGUUGAUUCAGAGAGAACGCUACUGCAACGAUGUGGAAAACGAAGAAACAGUCCAUGCUGGAGUGAAAGCACAAAUGGAUGAUGCCGCUAAACCAUUUGUUGUUCCAAAUUGUGACGAUGAACAACUAAAAUCGAUAGUGGAAAAACGCUACUGCAACGAUGAGGACGAAAAAAAAGUCCAUUGUGCAAGAGUGAAAGCACAAAUAACGAAUAAACCAUUUGUUGUUCCAAAUUGUGACGAUGAACAACUGAAAUCGAUAGUGGAAAAAUGUAUUCAUCUUCUACGAAGUGAGCGCUACUCGGCGAUCGAGGCCUGGAAAGCGCUGAAAGCUUUGCCCCUCAACUCUCCUUAUAUUUCUGUGGAUACGAAUGUGCAAAAGGAUCUCAUCGCUGGAUCAUUCAAAUCCUGCGGAAUUACGGUUGCUAUUGAUGGAUCGGAAGACGAUCAAAUCUCCUGUUUCAAACCCAACGGUGCAGUUCCAGAAGCGGCCUCCAAAUUGUUGCAAGCCCGAAAUGAUGAGAUGGUUGCUCAAUUAUUGGAUGAAAUUGAUUUGGGCGAAGACGAGGAAAACAAGAAUUACGAAAGCGAUGCCUCGAUUGAAAUCAAUGACAUUAAUGAAAAU